AUGUAUUUACACCAAAUAAUGGAAAUGAACAAUGAGGCAGCUGCCUGCAUCGUGCAAAAGGAAUAUGCUCAAGGAAUAGAGAAACUGAUAUUCGGUGUGAGACAGCUACAAACACAUUUGGUGGAGAUGUCUGAGCUUUUAGAUGGCAACAGCGCUGAUAUCCACUCUGACUCUCCUCUGGAUUCAUGGAUGUAUCCUGCGAUGGAAGCUAUCCACAGCGAUUCAGAUGCCUCAUUCUUUGUAUACAGAAGGCCACUGGUUGUCUCGCCACUGGAUAUUGGCAGAGCCCGAGUUCAGGCUGAAAAUAUGAAAUUUUAUCACCAGUAUGUCACAGGAGGAAACGUCAAUCUUGUGGUUGCAAUGCUCUUCAACUAUGGGCUCGCUUGCCAUCUAUCUCAUAUUGACUUUGAAGGGAGAUUGAAUGAUGGAUCCAGGCCCGAUUAUGACCUUCUGCAAAGGGCCAGUCAGAUGUAUGAUCUUGCGAUUACAAAUCUCCGUCGCUUGGCGGUUCCAAAAUCGACUGAACGCGGGAGCGUCGUCUCGGACAACAUUCAAUUCUUCCGAGCGGCAAUGAACAAUCUGGCCAUUGCCGAGCAAACCCGAUACGUCAUGGCGGCGUCCCCCAUUGUGGGCAUUCCAUCCAACAAGGGCUUUGAACGGCUACGGGAGCUUUUGCUUCGGCAUCCACCUGCAUCCGAUGACGCUCCCGAAACUACCUUGUGGAAUUGCUACUUGUCAAAUAUUUUGCGAGUGACCAACUCGUUUCAACCCAAUUACUGUGCAGCCGCAUGUUGA